AUAGAACUAUACGGCGAGGAACUUCCUCUCGAACCUCCUCUCAGCAUCCUCACAAGACAACGAAUCCUCCUCCGACAAUACCCUAGAUUCUCAGAAAUCAGAAGCUUCCAGUCGUCCAGUGUCCAUCCACCUGAUCAAUCCAUCGGGCUUUGCACCUCUCUACCUCCGAUACCUCCACAAAUCCCUCCUGCCUGUGUAACACCGACUCUCUCCGCCAGCCUCAUCAAUCGGCCGACUUGAGAUCCACUCCUUCCGAAUGGUCCGCGAUGGAGCUGUAGCCGUCUCAGCUCCAGGCAAAGUCCUGCUGGCGGGCGGUUACCUCGUCUUGGAUCGUGCUCACACCGGUCUGGUCUUCGGGUUGGACGCCCGCAUUCAUGUAUUGGUCCAAGACAUUCCGACGAGCAAUGGCAUUGUCAUCAAUCAAUUCACUGCCCAUUCCCCGCAGUUCUUGGAGGCUGUGUGGGAUUAUGGAUAUCGUCUGACUGAGAGGAAUGGCGGUAUUGAGGUCACUCAGCUGAGGAUAGACGCUGACCUCAACCUCAAUCGCAACCCCUUCGUGGAAACCACUCUCAGCUAUGUCCUAAGCUACAUCACCAGCAUCGUUGGACCAAGCAUCUGCCCAGCGACAAUCACAAUCCUCGCAGACAACGACUACUACUCAACACCAGCCGCAAUCUCCAACGGCAAGUCCAACACCGACUCUCGCUUCUACAACUUCGCCAUCCCUCUCUCAAAAGCUCCCAAAACCGGCCUCGGAUCCUCCGCAGCACUCGUCACAGCCGUCACAGCAGCUCUCCUCCGCUUCUACCUCCCCAAAACCGAGUUCAACCUCACCACCGACAUCAGCAAACGUCGUCUCCACAACCUCGCCCAAGCAGCCCACUGUGCAGCCCAAGGCAAAGUCGGCUCAGGCUUCGACGUCGCCUCUGCAGUCUACGGCACAUGCAUCUAUCGUCGCUUCUCCCCGGACAUCCUCGUCAGCCGUUCCGAACCCGGUGUCCCGCGAUUCGCCACCGAACUCCGCGACAUCGUCGACGAGAACCACCACGGAGGCAAGUGGGACACUGAAAUCAUCAAGGACGCAGUGAAGAUUCCAGAAGGACUACGACUAGUCAUGUGCGAUGUCUCAUGCGGUAGCAAAACCCCCGGUAUGGUGAAGCAAGUUCUCGCGUGGAGGAAGGAGACGCCCGAGGAGGCCAAUGCCAUCUGGCGGGAUCUGGACGAAGCGAAUGAGAACUUGGCAAAGGAGUUGAAAGCCGUGGCAGAGUCGAAGUCGCCGAAUGAUUACUCUGGUCUCACGAAGUGUCUGACUGAAAUUCGGGAGUUGAUUCGAAUCAUGUCGGAGAAGAGCGGCGUGCCGAUCGAGCCGCCCGCGCAGACGGAGCUGCUGGAUGCUUGUGAGAAGGUACCUGGUGUGGUGGGUGGUGUUGUGCCGGGAGCAGGAGGCUACGAUGCGAUUUCGCUUUUGAUCGAAGAUCGCGAGGACGUGGUAACCGGGCUUGAGAAGCUGUUCGCGGGGUGGGACUUCAAGGGCGAUGGAAGCGCUGCUGGAGGAGGUGGUAAAGUUAGCAUGCUAGGUGUGAGGCAGGACAUGGAAGGAGUGAGAUUGGAAGAGCCACAAAAGUAUGUCGACUGGUUGAAGGGAUUCUGA